CACGCAGAAAUUAAAGAAAAACAUUGAAGAAUACACUAAUUUUUUUUAAUUAUUUAAGUAAUAUUCAAUAUUUAUAAAAGAAAAUACAUUCGGAGUGGGAAAAAGGCAACAGCAGUUUAAUAAAAAACAGUUUAUACAUACUGUAUACAAAAACAUAGUAACAACGUGCCGCGUGGAGCAGCACAUACAGUUAAUAUAUUUGGCAGUAUAUUUAAGCCGCAGCACUGAAUUCGUGCCACGCGCCCCUUCCGCUAGUCCACAGGAUGGUACCAAUAGGUGUUGUACACGGUCAUCCGGGCGUGCACCAACCACAACCAAUGCCCACGGCACCUUCGGGUCCCAACACCCUACAAUCUUCUUCAUCAGCAACAACUAGCACUCCGUCAAACAAGAGUUCAAUGUCUGUAAAACCGAACUAUGCGCUGAAGUUUACUUUGGCUGGACAUACGAAAGCAGUGUCCGCUGUUAAAUUUAGCCCAAACGGGGAAUGGCUAGCUAGCUCAUCGGCCGAUAAACUGAUAAAAAUAUGGGGUGCGUAUGACGGUAAGUUCGAAAAAACCAUAUCUGGCCAUAAACUCGGCAUUAGUGAUGUCGCUUGGGCGUCUGACUCGCGUCUAUUGGUAAGUGCGAGUGAUGACAAAACGCUAAAAAUUUGGGAACUGAGCUCAGGAAAAUGUUUAAAAACACUUAAAGGACACAGCAAUUAUGUUUUUUGCUGUAACUUUAAUCCGCAAUCUAAUCUAAUAGUAUCAGGCAGUUUUGAUGAAAGCGUACGUAUAUGGGAUGUUCGUACCGGCAAGUGCUUGAAGACUCUUCCAGCUCAUUCUGAUCCAGUGUCUGCAGUUCAUUUUAAUCGUGACGGCUCUUUGAUUGUAAGUUCAAGUUACGACGGACUUUGUCGUAUUUGGGAUACAGCGAGUGGACAGUGCCUGAAAACACUGAUUGAUGACGAUAACCCACCAGUAAGCUUUGUUAAAUUCUCUCCCAAUGGAAAGUAUAUUCUGGCUGCGACGUUGGACAACACUUUGAAGCUGUGGGACUACUCGAAAGGAAAAUGUUUGAAAACUUAUACAGGCCAUAAAAAUGAAAAAUAUUGUAUAUUUGCAAAUUUUUCUGUAACCGGUGGCAAGUGGAUUGUGUCAGGCAGUGAAGACAACAUGGUUUACAUAUGGAACCUACAGAGUAAAGAAGUUGUGCAAAAGUUGCAAGGUCAUACAGAUACUGUUCUGUGUACAGCAUGUCAUCCAACUGAGAACAUAAUUGCUUCUGCAGCGCUAGAAAACGACAAGACGAUCAAAUUAUGGAAAAGUGACACUUAAAAUUAUCUGGCCGCUUAUUUUGCUUAUUUGCAUACUUAUAGUUUAUUGAUAAAAUUAGUUUAAGAAAUUAUUAUCAAAACCUUUAAUAUAUGUAUCUACUUUUUAAAACAAAAACUCACAUAUAUAUAAAUUCAUCUAUUUCAUUUCUGAUAUGUAUCUGUACGAAGACGAAAUUGUCAUCAAAAUAAAGUUCUGCACCAAGAA